AUGGCAAACUUCACUGACGAAGAAUUGUGUAUCAUUGCAAUCAUUUUGGACGAGGAAACCGAAGAAGAGAAGACUCCAAAGAGACGAAAGUGGGUGCAUGAAGCAUGGCAAAAAAAAGACAGUGAAGGAGAGUUCUUGACACUGUAUAAGGAACUGAUUGAAGAUGGAACUAAAUUUUAUCAAUAUUUCAGAAUGUCUGAAUAUUGUUUUAAUACGUUACUUGAGAAAUUGUAUGUAUAUUUAAAAAAAAAAAGAUACACAUUGGAGAAAAGCUAUAACACCAAAGGAACGGUUAGCAGUUUGCCUCAGGUAUGCUAUAAAAUUACUUAUAAAUAA